UGUAGGAAAAAAAUGGAAGGCAUGUUAUAAUGGAUAAGUGAAACUAUUGCGCGGCGGUGUGCAUUGAUUGCUGUUUUGUUCUCCAGAUAGAGAGAAAAAUUGCGGUGGAACUUAGGAAGAAGUAGAAGAAGCCAUGACAAGGUCUGUGUGUGAGUUCUUGUAUGAGCUCUACGCCAAGACAAUAGUCCUUGUAACAUACAUGCUAAUACAACUUAUCCUUAUCAUACGCUACCUUAAGUCAAACACACCUGCAAUAUCAACCACCCAAUACCUCAGUUUCAUCGAAGAGAAGAACCCCGCCAUUCGUUACACCACAAGACUCAAGGCAGAGCACAUAGACUGCAGAGUUUGUCUCUCUGAAUUCCAGGAAGGGGAGAAGGUCAGGAACCUCAACUGCAGACACACUUUUCACAAGGAUUGCUUGGACCAGUGGUUGCAGCAAUACUGUGCUACUUGCCCACUUUGCAGGCACAAGGUCUUGCCAGAUCAUGUUGUCGCCAACUACAACCUCCUUCAAAAUCAGGUACAAGAAGAAGAAGAAGACUACGAUGGCAAUGAUCACCAACUCAUCUUUUUCUUAUCUGCAUUAAGGGGUGGUAGCACUUGGCACACAUAUCUCUGAUCUGCUUUCAUAUACACUACCACUCAAAGGGAUUUGUUCUUCCUGCUCCUCCCCUUUUCGGUACUAUUCAUUCCUUCACAACAAUAUUCAUUCAUGCAUCCUUAGAUUUUUGUACCUUUUCCUCUUUCCAACAUCCAAGCUUAUAUAUAUAUAUAGUAAAAGAUAGACUCUAGCUACUUUCCCUGUUAAUCAGCAUAAGUCUUCCUUGUUUAACUCUGAAUUUCGGUUUGGUGCA